AUGAGGAACCUACAAAGCAAGAUAAUCACCACGUCUGGGGCGCAUUCUAUCGAUGAUGAGUUUGAUUACGAGUCACCCUUCACUAGGGAAAUCCAAGUUGUGCGGUUCCCAGCCAACUUCAAAGAGCCCCACAUGACCCCUUACGAGGGCAAUACAGAUCAAAAGUACCACUUUGAUGUGUUCAAUGACCUAAAGAAUUUAAGGGGAAUUAAUAGCAGAGCCAGAUGUCAGUACUUCGUUGUUACAUUGAAGGGACUUGCACACAAGUGGUUCAAAAGACUUAGGCCAGGGUCCAUCAAGUCCUGGCAACAGUUUUUCGACGAAUUUCUCCAACAACAUCAUGCGGUGCGUGAUUACACCAUGAUGGGCACCAGCCUCACUAACGUAAAACAAGGAGAGGAUGAGAGCCUAAAGAAUUAUAUCCAUAGGUUCAAUAUGGAGGCAGCUAAAGUAGGAAGCCUGGCCCGAGGGGAGUUAAAAAUGGCCAUUACAGCUGGAGUGCGCCUGGGCAGUAAGUUAUGGGAUAACAUGCUAAAGAGGGAGGUCACUGACCUAGACGACUUCUACGAACGGGUACAAAAAUACAUCCGUGUUGAAGAUGGUCACAAGAGUCUUAAUGCUAGAAAGAGCGAGUCGUCCCUAAAAUCCUCAACCCAUGAAAGCCUAAAUAACGCAAAGAAAAAGAGAGCCUACGAAGAACCGAGAGAUGAUCAUCUGGGGAAAGCUAAACGUGUGGAUGAACACGGACAUACCCAAUACACCUUUUACAUCAAUCUAACACAUACUAGGGAACAUAUCUUCAUCAUGAAUGAGAAUUAUGUCCCCUUCAGAAGACCCCCGCCAAUGAAGAGAGAUCGAUUGAAGAGAGAUCUCAGUACAUAUUGUCAUUAUCAUAAGGACAUUGGCCACACCACAACAACGUGUAACCAUUUGAAAGUGGAAAUUGAGGAGCUCAUACGCAGAGGGCACCUGGGUAAGUAUGUUACAAAAGAGAAACCAGGUCCAGAGGGCAGGCCGACUUUAACACGACCCAAUGAAUGA